UCCAUGUCAAACCAACUAUAACAUGAAACCUAAGAAGAUUCGUUACCCAUGCAGUGUCUGCUCCACAGCUUGCAGUUAUGACGUCAUUGAGUGUUCUUCUUGCAAAAAAUGGACACACAGGCAGUGUGUUCCUAUGUCAGAAUCUCUUUUUGAAGAAUGGAGCUCAGAAGAACUGGAUUUUAUAUGUGGCAAAUGUGCAUUCAGAGGGAAUAUGUACAAUUUUGAAGCUGCCCUUACUCGCCUUGAUUCUACACGAACACCUGAGAAAGCUAAGUCAGAACAUCAUCUUUUGAAGACCUACGGCAUCUGUAUCCCUGAUAUUCCCAAUGUGCUCAUACAACAUCCUGAAGACGCUGUAUCAAGGAAAAUAUUGGAAAUGUUUCAACCCAUUCUUCUAAAGACUCAUUCACCUUUAGCAGUUGGGACAGAUGGAAAUUGUUUAUAAAGAGCUGUCUCACUCGGCCUCUUUGAUUGUGAAGACUACCAUUUACACAUUCGUCUGCUGGCAGGAAUUGAAAUGCUGAUGUACAGGGAAGCGUAUGAUUGCAACCAUGCUGAAUAUUGCGGACAAUUGGGACAGGACACUGCUUUCAUUGAUCUCUACAAUAAUGAAGUUGUAGCUGUCUGUACACCAGGAAGAUGGGCAGGAUUAAGUCAUAUGUAUGCCAUCAGUGCUGCUCUGAAGGUGCCUCUACGAUCGUACUGCCCACCUGUGCUAAAUGAUAACUUCCUCUCCACCCCAUUGUCUAGACGCAUUGCAGGUCGUGGGGUAUCCCAAAAUGGUGCUCCAGCUACAGUGAUUAUGUGGACAAGCUCUGGAACACCUGAAACAGCACAUGAAUUCCGGCCAGAUCACUUUGUUACACUAAGAAGUAAAAUAAGAUCCAGUCACACACCUCCCAUAGUUUUGGUGGACUCUGAUGAGAAUGAUACAACUCCCAUAGGUUUGGUAGACACUGAUGAGAAUGAUGCAACUCCCAUAGGUUUGGUGGACAUUGAUGAGAAUGACAUUCUGUCACAGCCUGUUCCUUCCACUACCCACGAUCCCAGUAUUACUGAUAAUUCCUCUGCAUCACCAAAAAACCACAGCUUUGAGACAGACGACCCGUCACUGGAGGUAGAACCUGAGCUUGUUGGUGCACCUAUCAACAAGUAUAUGGAAGCAGGUGAUAUCAUCGAACUUUUACAAUCAUUGCCAGAGACUCUGAAUCACAUUCCUGAUGGGAGAAAAGAAAAUGUUCGCUUUUUGGUUGACAACAAGGAAAAUGAAGAAAGACGUAGUGAAGGGAAAAAUAGUCAGUUCGUUGAUGACUGUGGGGUGUGGCAAAAUAGUAACUCCCCUGUAACACAUAUGGGUAGAAGAGAUGGAAAAUGGACAACAGUCCUGCUCAAAGAUGGCCAGUACUACACGGAAAAACGCUCCAAUGGCAAAAAGGUCCUUUGUCUUAUGAAAGACCAACCAACAGAGGUUGUCAGACUGCAGCGAAAUUAUGCCACGCUAAAAAGAGACAGUACGUACAAGAGAAGGAUUUCUUGGAUUAAAGGAAUUCCUGUGGCAAUUGUGGAAUACAUCGGUAAACUGCCACCACCAGCUCCACAUGGGGGGAAUGCAGCCAAAGGGGCGCCUCCUUAUCAAAGAACUGCAAAGCCGGUACUAGAAAAGAUAAGGGAACAGGCAAAAGGAGGUAAAAAGCCGAAAGAGAUUUACGAAGAGAUGAUAAUAAGUAAUGAUAAUGAAAGAGACAAACCAGCCGAUCUUAGACAGGUUCAGAAUACUGUUUAUCAAACCAAGAAGAAGCAGGAAAGCAGAAAUUCAACGGGAGCUGGGAACCUUGCAGCUAAUUUCAACUUUUUGCAUACCAACAUGCACAGCCACCCUUUCAUACAAAGCAUAGUGCACUCCUCCCAAAAAGUGCCAUCUAUCACCCUAUUCACAGACAAACAGAUAGCAGACUUAAAAAGAUUUUGUUUCUGUGGCCAGGAAUCUGAAUCCGCCAUCCUUGGAGUAGAUAAAACUUUUAAUUUAGGUCAGUUACAUGUGACAGCAACUUCUUUUAAGAACAUUUCUUUGAGGAGAACAAGCACUAAUGAGCAUCCCAUCUUCUUAGGACCCAUUCUCAUUCAUGGCAAUUCUGACUGGCAGACAUACGCCCAGUUUUUCUCAACAAUAGCAAUGCAAGUGGACAAAACAACACAGGGGCCAAUUAUAGGAAUGGAUGAUGAGAAAGCAUUGAAAAAGGCAGUGGAAUUUGCUUUCAGUAAUGCAAAUAUCAUUAGUUGCCAACGACAUCUGAAGGCCAAUGUAAGCAAGAAUCUGCAAGAUAUUGUUGGUGCCCCGUUGCAUGCUAGAAAAGAAAUCAGUAGCAUUUUAUUUGGAGAAAAUGGGUUGUCUGCAGCCGACAGUGUGGUCAUGUUUGACAUCCGCAAUGAAUACGUAAUAGAGCAAAUCAGGAAAACAGUGCCUACAUUUGAAGGUUAUUACAACCAAAGGAUCAAUCCACUGAUAAGACAAAAUGUCCAAACAAUCAUUGACAGGCCGGAAGUGCACUCAGGAUGGACUAAUAAUAAUGCUGAAUCAGUAAAUCACAUGCUUAAAAUGAAGGUCCAGUGGAGUUUACAAGACAUCCCAACCCUGAUCAAUUCUCUUCAUCAGUUAGUCCAAGCUCAAUAUGUAGAUGUUGAAAGAGCAUUGAUUGGGAGAGGACAGUUCAAGCUUGAUGCCAAAUUUGCCAAUUAUGCUGUAGAACGAUCCAUUUGGAAUGACAAGACAGCAGAUUCCAGGACCAGACACAUUAUGAAAUUCUUGAGAGAACCAAAGUUCCACAAACAUAUGGCUUCUUAUGAUGGCUUAAGUGUACUUACAUCUGCAGCAAAAGGAAGGAAGCCUAGUCAGACAAAAAGGCGACGAGCAGCAAAAACUGUUUCAUUCAAGCAAUAAUAAGAUAGCACAAACUUUGUUGAAGUGCAGAAGCAUGCUGAAUAUAUUUUUUCGCCAUAGUGUGUAGCAAUAAUUAGAAGUAGUAUUUUGUCAGUGUUGAAAUUAUGCAUCAGAUUUAAUUUGGUAAUGAGGCUAGUUGGUACAAAUGCCACUUUGUAUUUAUUGUUUGAACGUACAUUUACUCAUUUUAGAGCAAUGUUUUCCUGAGUCAUGCUGAGUAUAUAUUUUUUCACUGUGGCCUUAUAACUAUUAGUGUGUAGCAAUAUCUAGUAGUAGCAUUUUGUGAAUCUUCUCAGUGUUGAGAUGAAUUUGAAAUACAGGUAUGCAUCAGAUUUAAUUUGGUAAUGAGGCAAGUUGGUACAGAUGCCACUUUGUAUUU